AAUUUGACAGGAGGUUGCGCCCAAGCCCGUGAGUGUUAAUACAGUCGAACCUCCAUGAGUCGAUGUUCCUUGACUCGAUAUCGACUCAUGGAGGUAAUUUUUUCCAUACUGAAAAAUAAUUUCUGGGUUACUAUGAUGGUCCCCUAAAAAGCUUCCCAAAGGCUUUUUGUUCCACUACUCGAUAUUUCCUUGAGUCGAUGGUCCCUUCAAUAUCGACUCAUGGAGGUUUUACUGUAUCAAUAUCAAUAUCAACACUGUUGUCGUUUCGUAAAAUAGACUAUUACUGCACGAAUUUAUUCUGGCCAGCCAGAGGUGUCGGCACCGCUCAAACGUCAAAUUUCUCGUGAGAGUAAGCAGGCUAAAUUCGUGCAGUGGACCAUACCAAAGGCACAAGCCCAAUGUUCUCUAUUCCACAGGUUCGGACCAUCAGACAAAGUGGUAUUUGUGAUGUGAUAUUUUUAAAGACUUGAUAACGAUUGCUGGCGUAUUUUCGGUCCUCGGGUUGCUUAUAAAACAACUGUUUUAAUUAAAGCCGACGUUUCGAGCGUUUAUUCACUCAUCUUCAGGGCAAACUACAAUUUACAUACAAAGUUUGAGUAGUCAAGUCAUUUGUUAUACAAAAAAUACUCACAUCAAAAGUUGUUUUUAGGUCAAGUAGGUUUGGACAUGGACUGAUGGAACGACUAACAACAUUACACUGUAAUUAUACAUACAAAUUUCGGACAUAAUGACUUGAUUCGUUUUUACAAUAAUUAAAAUAUUGGACGGAGCACAAACUUACACAGCUUUCACCUAGGCACAUCUAAACAGGUUUGAAUUAAAAUGUCUAUGAGUGGAGACGUCAAACGAAAAGAUGGAACAUAAAGGACGGAAACAUUAACAGAAACAGGGAAUCACAGCGUGCUGUGACGAUGUUCUGCUAUCUUUCUCCGUUCGUGAUUGAGUGCAGAAGACCCGAGUAAUUGCCCGACAUAUGAUCUGUCCAAGUACCUUGCAGACAUACUACAUCGCUCGAUCGACCACAACAAAUACAAUGUGCAAAAUUCAUACGAAUUCUGCACAUUCAUAAACAAUAUCAACCUGCCUCCAGGCUAUGUAUUGGUCUCGUUCGAUGUGGUAAGCCUGUUUACGUGUAUUCCACGGGACGUUGCGAUAGAAGCGGUGCGAAAGAACUGGAGUAUGAUCGAGAAAAACACCACAAUAAAGAAUGUCGAAAUGUUCAUAGAACUAAUUAAAUUCAAUCUCUCCUCCAGUUAUUUCGUCCACCGUGGCAACUUCUACUGUCAAAAGUCGGGAACGGCAAUGGGUAACCCAUUGUCUCCGGCUCUUGCAGAUUUAGUGAUGGAAACAUUGCUAGAUCACGUGCUUGAAGGGAUUGAUAUUCCUAUUCCAUUUUUGAAAAAGUACGUCGACGAUUUGAUCACCGCUCUCCCAAUCGACAUGAUUGAACAUGUGAGAAAUGCGCUCAACGAGUUCAACUCACACAUUCAAUUCACAUGUGAAGUGGAAAAUAAUAAUCAGCUGCCGUACCUUGACAUGCUGCUUAUACGCACAGCGCAGCAAAAAAUCGUCACCGACUGGUACAAAAAACCUGUAGCAUCGGGGCGCAUUUUGAAUUAUUUUUCAUUUCACCCUCUCACACAAAAACUGAACACGGCCACUGGCUUUAUUGGGAGAGUGUUCAAGUUGUCGACGUGCAGAUCAGAAAAUGAGAAGAAAGAGUUGGUCCGGGAUUAUCUGCUAAACAACAACUACUCAAGUUCAUUGAUAAAUCGGUUGAUAAACCGAUAUAUCAACAAGAACACAAACACACAUGAGAGCAACAGCAGUACACAUCCCGAACCAAAAGUGUAUCGAUCUCUUCACCACGUAGAGAAGCUCACGCCGGCUCUCGCAAAAGUCAUCAAUAGAAACUUCCCCAACGUUCAACUGGGCUUCAAAUGCGUCAAAACAAACAGACUGUUGUUUUCGAAGCUCAAAGAUGCAACGCCGCAGUUGGAGAAGAGAAAUGUGAUUUACCGCAUUCCCUGCGCCGAUUGCGACUGCGCAUACAUUGGGCUGACUACGCAACAGUUGAAAAACCGUCUCUCUGGGCAUCGGUCUCUCAUUAACCGAUACACAGAUUUGAAAUCUUCCGACCCGAACAGAGCGACGGAGAGGGAGGAAGAAUUCAAAAAGACGGCGUUGAUGGUCCAUGUGAUUGAAAACGAACACCGAUUCGAUUUACCUGGUACUAAAAUUCUAGAACAGGACAAUCGUUUGAACGCACUUCAAGUUCUUGAAAUGUGUCACAUUUUUUGUGACACCAAAACGGUUAACUAUAGAACCGACACCAGUAAUUUGAGUGUUGUUUACUCGGGUCUUCUGCACUCAAUCACGAACGGAGAAAGAUAGCAGAACAUCGUCACAGCACGCUGUGAUUCCCUGUUUCUGUUAAUGUUUCCGUCCUUUAUGUUCCAUCUUUUCGUUUGACGUCUCCACUCAUAGACAUUUUAAUUCAAACCUGUUUAGAUGUGCCUAGGUGAAAGCUGUGUAAGUUUGUGCUCCGUCCAAUAUUUUAAUUAUUGUAAAAACGAAUCAAGUCAUUAUGUCCGAAAUUUGUAUGUAUAAUUACAGUGUAAUGUUGUUAGUCGUUCCAUCAGUCCAUGUCCAAACCUACUUGACCUAAAAACAACUUUUGAUUUUGCCCUGAAGAUGAGUGAAUAAACGCUCGAAACGUCGGCUUUAAUUAAAACAGUUGUUUUAUAAGCAACCCGAGGACCGAAAAUACGCCAGCAAUCGUUAUCAAAUUAUCAAAGACGGUCGUUAUUUUAUCAAUAUUUUUAAAGACUUUAAAAGUGGCGCGAGGAGUUGCUAGGACAUAUCCUACCCACAAAAAAUGCUAGGUUGGACAGUCCAUAUGUCCUACCCACACUCUUAGAAAAAAUCAUGUAAAUUAAAGCUCACUUGGAUGCACAUAAAAGGAGCGGCCCGUUUGAGACAAAUUUACGUCUUCUAUCACAAAUAAAGUCGAGCUAGCAAUCGCUAGAGCCGAAGCGAGAGAUAAAACAUACGUAUGUAAAAAAAACAAACCGGACUUGAAAUCUAAUCUGCUGAUUGAGAGGCACGUGAUAUAGGGUAUGUGUGCCAUCAGUAAUCUCACGCUCCCAUAUUCAUCCUAUUCGAAAACAAGCGAUUACGGCACCGAUUGAUUCCGUUCUUUGUGUUUUCAUGGGUGCUCACUUCUAACAAAAAAUACAAAAAUAAGAAACAAAACAAACAGCGCUUUAAUCCUUUGUUUUUCGUAGGAUGAAAAUGUGAGCCACAUGCUUAAUAAGGGAACCAAUACCCUACAUCUCGGCUGUAUCUCCGAGUUGUGAAAUAGACGAUAAAUGUGAAACUGUUUCUACCUAUCUGGUCAGAUAGAUUUGUUGACAUCUUGUGCAACCAACUCGAAGUUACAUCACAGAGAACAGACGUCUAUCUUUGCCUUCUGCCUUGUGUAAAACUAUGUAACGGUCAUAUCAAAGUAUGUGGUUAUGCCCCCGUUGCGUGGCGCUAGCGUUCCACCACUUACAUUGUUGUGUUGUCAAUUUUGUUUCCAGUGCUCACCGUUUUUGGCCGUUUGGCGCUCGUGUCGUUUUGUGGGCUAGUGUAUUUUAACGAUGAACACUGCCAUCGUUGGGUCAAAUCGACUUUAUAUGUGGGGCAGUCUCCGUUGGUGGCGUUGAGGUACACUUAAAUCCUUUACACACGAUUUCGACGUAUUUUUGUUCGAGCUUAAAUGUCUGUUCUCUGUGGUUACAUGAUGGAUGUAAAAUUGAGUCAAAUUUGCCAUUCAGUCAUGAAAUGUUUACGUAUGUUGAUGGUUUACGUCAUGUGUAAAUUCCUAAUUUUUUAAGAGUGCAGAUUUGUGUACUACUACAUCAGCCUCACCGCUGUGUCAAAUGUACACAGUUACUUUUCCGGCUCUGGCGCUGUUAUGAGAACAAAAUUAACAAUUAUUAUUGCACUGAUCGAUUCCUGAUAAUGCAUGUCAUCGUUCAGAGAGAAACUUAUUUAAUAAUUAUGAACUUUGCUCCCAUACCAUGGACUUAAUUUGUCACUUGUGUUUUGUUGAAAGAAUAUUUUAUGUCACGAGAAAGGCACCAUCACCGCUAGGUGGAUUAAUAAGGGUUUUUUUUUUGUUUUAAAUCACGUUGUAAAUAUGUUGGUAUCUUGUCGGUGAAUUUGAAAACGUUUCAUGGUGAAUCGAGAGUUAAAGUGAAUUAACAGCCCAAGGUUUUGGUAUUCUUAGGAAGCUUUGUAAAUCGUUGGCAUAAUGUUGAAGAUAUUGAAGCUUUUAAAGUAAACCUAAAUGCUAAUCGGUUUGCUAGCCAGCUUUUAGAAAUUUUACAUUUGAAUGAUCAUUAGUAACAACAAUUUUAAGCUUUGAUUUCAAUUUCAUUGGAGAUUUGCAUACUAUCGCUUUAUCUAUAAACACAUUAAAAACACCUACUGAGAUUUGUAAAAGUAUGUAUUGCAAAAAAUGUGAAAUAUAAUCAAAGUUUUAGAUGAAUUACAAAAUAUAUAUUCAUUGCGAGGAAUGAUGAACAUGAGAAAUUGCAAUAAUAUUCUAUGAAGUUACUACAUUUUCAAUAUACUUUAUCAUACUUAUAUUUUCAAACCACUGUAAUUUGCGAUCGUUUCAAUGAAAUGUUGUCAAAUUUUCAGAGAAGUUGUUUGAAUGUUGUAUCUUUAGAAUGGUGUUUGUGAAACUCCUUAAUAUUUCGUUUAUGAUUUGAAGAGCCUAUGACAAUAUUGUCAUAUAUGAGCUAAUUCUAUGAAAAUAGAGGAAAAUUUUCAAACAGUAUAAACUUUGGUUUCUCUCGAUAAACAUUUUCAAAUUUUCGGAGGAGUUACUAGAAUAGUAUGUCUUUCGAAUGCCGGGUGUUAAUUUGGAGUACAUUUUUAUUUGUUAACAGUGGUAUCAGGCACACCGUGCGUGCUACUCAUAUAAGGAAAUCCUAUUGAAAUGGCUCAAAAUCUUCAAAUCACAAAAACUUUAGUUUCCCUCGAUGAAAGAUUUUCAAAUUUUCAGAGGAGAUACUAGAAUAGUAAAUCUUUCGAAUGCCGGGUGCCGUUUGGGUGGACAUUUUUAUUUGUUAAUAACGGUUUUCAGCACACCGUGAAGCAUGUUCAAUUUUCAUAAGGUAUUCUUAUGGCAUCCAUACUUUACAGUUAUGGCUAAUUAAGGCUAUUUUAAGGAAUUUACUUAGUUAUUAGGUAGUUUACUUCGCGGAGUGUAUUGUUAAUUAUAUCUUGUCUUAAAUGUGAUGUUGAGCAAAUAAAUGUAUGUAUGUAAUUUGUUGAGUCACGGCGGUUCCGGUGUUUACCGAAGUCAUCUUAAUGUGUAGACCUAGGUGUAUACCGACUAGGAGAGACGAGCACAGCAAUCAGUAUACCAAUGGAAGUAGCUAAAGAACGAACAUGCAAACGUGUUCUGAACGCCACAUGGAUUCCGUUGGAAGACGCCUUCAUAUCACCUGGAAGUUCCUGCUUGCCUAUUUCAGAUCCUGCCUAUUGUGACGAAGCUCUACGAUCCCUUAAGAUUCAUCGCACACAUCGUCAUUCAAGGGAGGAUUCUGAUGCAGGAGAGUUUUUUUUUUGAGUGACCCUCCCCUCUCCCCCACACCAAAAGACUCAUUGCUGAGCCCCUUGGUAAUGGACACUCAAGGCCCAGCCGUGGGCAACACAACAAAUCAAACAAAAGCAAAAACUAAUGGCUGGGACAAACAAGCAAGGAAAACAGAAUAUAUAUAAACAAAACAAAUCUAUAAAAUACUUCUAGUGGAUUGAUUAUCCUUUUAAAGAAGCACACAAGAUUAACAAAAAAAUAAUAAUUACAACUAAAUAAUUCUAAUAACAAAAGAAACGUAAUUGUUCGCAGGUGGUUGACAUACAUUUACAUUCAUAUAAAAUACGAUCCGAUAUGACGAAACUACUAGCUGUGAUAUGUGAUUUUUAAGAUAGCGUUUAAAAUUAGUUUUAAAGGUAAUGAAAUCGACACUUAUUUUUCAUAUGGGCCUAACUGACAUUUUCGAGUUCUCUUCAUCGAUCCUCUCUUUGUGUUAUCACAGAAUGUGUAUUGAGUUUUCCAAAGAUUUUUUGGUUGAAAUGCGAAGAAGACGGCUACAUGUUGCUAUAGAAAUAAAAAGAAUAAUGGUUUUGGUUCUUUUGAUCAUGUUAUUAACGAAAGAGAGAGUCGACGAAGAGAAAUCGAUCAAGUCAGUUAGGCCCUUAUGAAAAAUCAUUGUCGUCAGUAAUAUUAUUACUUAUCUGUUGAAUAUUACGUGGUAAAGAGUUGAAUUUGGUUGGAUCUAUAAACGAAAACCGAUUUUGACCAAAAUUUGAAAACGCACGGGACCUAGUCAAAUUGUUGGCUUGCCUGGAGCUGCGAAUCCGAGGUACAACAGUAAUGGGUAAGUUGUUCAAAGUCGCAGGACAGUGUAGCACUUUUUGGACCAAAAGUAGAGUUUGCUCAUCGCAUAGCCCUAUUACAGGUAGAAUGUUGUGGAGUAAAUCUGAGUAUAAGCGAUUUGACGAAUUUAACAACGGUAGCUUGAAAAUAAUUUUGAGACACCUAUUUUGAAUUGUUUGCAGCUUUUUUAGUUUAGACUUGCACGCCCUACCCCAUGAUGUAAUUACAUAUGUUAGGUGAGAGUGUAUAUGCGCAAAGUAAAACUGCAGUAAAGCUUUUCUUGGAAGGAAACUACUGAUGCGGCUCAAAAUUCCACACAAGUAGAGUUUGCGGACAGGUACAAACUGGGACGAGCCUAUUGCGGAGCAUUCACGUGAGCUUUGGACAAGGUACCACUAGUUCGUGUCUUUCCGUGUUGUCGAAAUUCUGUCGCUGUGGAUGAAUGGCGCUAUACGGUAUCACUUUCUUGAAAAUUUUACGGAUGCCUGAAAAUAAAACGCGGUACCUUUAUUAUAUCCGGAUUGCCGUUGGUAUCAAGGUCCAAAAUUUCUGCAAAAUCCGGAAAGUCCACCUACGAAACAGCGAGUUGUUACGAGAAAGAUAUGAGCGCAGCGGGCAAGAUGGGUUGAUCAGGUAGAACGUGAUCUGAUGAGCAUCGGACGUGAUCGACGAUGGAAAGCGGCAACCACAAACCAAGUAUUGUUGCGUACUAUUGUUGGUUAUAUCGACAAUGAUUUUUCAUAAGGGCCUAACUGACUUGAUCGAUUUCUCUUCGUCGACUCUCUCUUUCGCUACACGCUAAGAAAAAGUUACUCUAAAAUUAGUAAGAUUUACACAAAACUGAGCUAAAGUGGAACAGCUCAAAAAAUGAGUAAAUUGCAUUUCCAGCGAUAGCGCUGGCCUAAGUGCAAAAAUCCAAACAGUUU